AUGGCUCUCUCAUCGGGCCUCACGCCCCAGGGGCCAGGAGCAGUUCCCACGAAACCGUCGAAAAACGAUGUCUCUCCCGGCCCGAUCUUCACCCCCUCAAAGCACUUGGCCUACAGCCAACCUUCAAAGGUCUGGUCUUUGCGAGACCUGGGCUACCCAGACAAUCAAGGCAUCUCGCCAUUUGGGGUUUCCGAGCCGUUUCGCCUCUUUUCCGACGAGGCCAUUGACGAGAUGCGGAGGGAGCUGUUCACCAACCGGAAGAUCUGGACAGACCACCGCUUCUCUAGCAAAUAUGCUGAGUGUCAGCUGCGAGGAUAUGCUCGAGACCAUGCACCAUUCAUCUACAAUGCUUGGAAAAGUCCAGAAACGCUGCGCAUCAUCUCUAACCUUACUGGUAUGGACGUAGUGCCAGUAUUUGACUACGACAUUGCACACAUUAAUGUCUCCGGGCCGAGCGUCCCAGCUUUGUCACCUCUUCCAGCAGAUCGAGUUGACAAGCCAGCGAAGGAAACGAAAACUGAGAAGCCUAGAACCGAAGAUGAGAACGAUGCUAUUGUCAGCUGGCACAACGACAGCUAUGCGUUCGUGUGCGUCACUAUGCUCUCUGACUGCACCGGCAUGGUGGGUGGCGAAACAGCCUUGAGGACGGCUGAUGGCAACGUUAUCAAGGUCCGAGGACCUGAAAGGGGUUACGCUGUUGUGCUUCAAGGACGCUACAUCGACCACCAAGCGCUACGGGCUCUAGGCGGUACUGAGAGAGUCAGCAUGGUCACCGCGUUCCGGGCGAGUUCCUCGGAGGUGCGCGAUGAUACCAACCUGAAGCUCGUCCGACCCAUUUCCAACAUUGACGAGCUUUACAAUGAGUAUGCGCAGUAUCGGUUUAGGAUUCUGGAAGACCGCUUCAGAGGUCGAAGGGAACGAGCUGAUCAGAGCAUUUCUAUCAAGGCACCCUUUGAUGUUAAAGAGACGAGGGCGUUUAUUAGGGAGCAGAUCGAAUUCCUUGAGCAGAUGGAGGAGCAGGUUAUGGAGGAAGACGAUUGGAAAAAGAUAUACAACGGGUCCUAG